AUGCCUAUGGCAGCGCUUUAUGCUUAUCUGUUAGAGAAGAAGCUAGUGACUCCAAUUUCCGCAAGACCUAGAGAUGAUCAUCCUCGACUUGGUUUUAAUCCAUCCAAGAAAUGUGAACACCAUUUUGGAGCCGAGGGACAUACUUUAGAAGAGUGUGCACAUUUGAGACAUCGAAUCCAAGAUCUCAUCGACAACAAGUUGGUACAGUUCGACAACAUGGCCAGGCCGAAUGUCAUCACUAACCUCUUGUCUCCUCACCAAGAAGAGAAUGUGAAUGCUAUCUCUAUAAUGGAGGAUAGGAUCCCUGAUUUCUCAUCCCCUUCAUUCCCUUGGAAAGCCAUGAUUCCUCCAACUCCUCCAACUUCAGUCAUUAUUGAAGAGAUUACAAAAUCACUUGUGGAUUCAGAGGCUCUAGCUCCAAAGAAAGGACAAGCCAUGCUAGCCAUCGAAGGCUUUACUCCUCUAGUCCUGGCAUUACUUGCAGUCGUAGAGUCAUCUCUAGGAUUUAUCCAGGAGGGAACCCUUGUCGUCCCCACUAUUCGAGGUUUCGAUCCUCUAAUUCUGCCAAAGUCUAUCCAAGGAAUCUCUUGGGCUACUAGCCCAAAAGCUUUAGAAGCUACUCUACCUAGCCCAAUCAUCAUCAGUCCAAAGAUGUUCUCACUGGCUCCAAAUCUUCUUAAGGAACUAGAAAAAAGGAGGAAAGUGAUUGGCAAGAGCACAGUCGAGCCAGUUAGGAAUAGGGUCACCAUUGAAGAAGCCGAGAAAUUUUUGAAAACCAUUCGAAAGGCCGAUUAUAGUAUGAUUCAGCAGUUGAACAAAUCUCCAACUCAGAUUUCUAUUCUAGCCUUGUUGCUAUAUUUCGAGGUCCAUCGUGAAGCUUUAUUGAAGGUGUUGAAGGAAAUGCAUGUUCCUACCAGUAUUACAGACUCCUCCUUCGAGAGUAUAGUAUCAUUGGUGUUCGCCACCAACCAAGUCUCAUAUUCAAAUGAUGAGUUGCCUUCAGAAGGUAGAGAUCAUACCUUGGCCAUGCAUAUUGUAGUCAAGUGUGAAGACAUAAUUCUCGCAAGGGUGCCAAUCGACAAUGGAUCAGCCCUGAAUUUCUACCUGAUGGCCAUUCUUGAGUGCCUGAAGGUGGAUAUGUCUCUUAUUAAGCCUAGCACUAUGAUCAUCAGAGCUUUCGAUGGCAUGGAUUGA